GACACAGCAGGUCAAGAGAGAUACAGAACAAUUACCACAGCUUACUACCGGGGUGCAAUGGGUUUUAUUUUAAUGUAUGACAUCACAAAUGAAGAAUCCUUCAAUGCUGUGCAGGAUUGGUCAACUCAAAUCAAAACAUACUCUUGGGAUAAUGCCCAGGUUAUUUUGGUCGGUAACAAAUGUGAUAUGGAGGAUGAACGGGUAAUCUUCACUGAGAGAGGCAAACAUUUAGCAGAGCAACUUGGAUUUGAAUUUUUUGAAACAAGUGCCAAGGACAACGUUAACGUCAAGCAGACAUUUGAGCGACUCGUGGAUAUCAUCUGUGACAAAAUGUCAGAAAGUCUGGAGACGGAUCCCGCCAUUGCUGCCAGCAAGCAGAACACACGGCUAAAGGACACCCCUCCUCCACAGCAGCCCAACUGCGGCUGUUAA